AUGCCUAGCCCACAGAGCAACAAUGGAGGCAGCCGACCCAGCUGGCAGGAUAGACUCAAUGAACACUGCAGGAGCAACAAGCUUACCGCGCCGGUUUUCAAUAUUGUCUCUGAUCGUCGAGGAGGUCGUACCGCUUGGUCAAGUACGGUCACAAUCUCCGGACAGAACAUUGCAGCACGAUAUUGGUACGAUGGCCAGUAUAUCAACAAUGCUCGGGAAGAUGCCGCCGAGGUCGCCCUGCAAGCCUUGAUACGCGGGCAGUGUUCAUCUCCCGUUUUCCAGGGACAGCUAUACUCGCAGCAGCCCAACUACUUGCCGAAUAUCUGA